GCUGAGCCUCACGCACACAGCUGGAUGGAUAGCACCGUCUCCGGUACGCCAGCAGAAGGAUGUGAAUUUCCGACGUUUGUCAAGUCUGUCACUAAAAGAAAAGCAGCAGCUGGACUCGGCUCGUCCAACCAGGUUUACAUAGCCUACAGGUGGUCACAAAAGAACUGCUGGAUACUGACACAGCACGUGCAGCUGUUUGAUGAACAGCUUCUUUUUAAUGAGUUGAUUUUAAGAUUAGCGUUCACGACCAUAAGUCCAGAUAGCUACUGCCCAUCAUCCACGGAGCUGUAGACAGACACCGGCAGUCAUGAUGGAGUCUAUCUUAGACAGCUUAACAGCAGAGAAACUCUAUCCGCCCGGUGGGACCAACCUGUUGGACCUGGAGGAACUCAGCGACGGAGAUUUCCUCACUAAUGUGCCUUUCUCAGGUGACCAGAUGGACGACUUCAGCAGUGAAUUAUUCAGCAGUUUCUUUGAUGAUCAUCUAUUAGAGCGGCCCUUACUGGCAGACAGACAUUCACCUUUACACAUGGACAUGGACAGCAGCCCAGAUAUUCAAGCAGAGCACAGCUACUCUCUGAGUGAGGACUCCGCCCCCCAGAGCCCAGCCCUGUCAAUCAAAAUGGACCAAGAGUCUGAAUUUGAAUGGAACUUCAGCCAGGACCUUUCGGCCAUCUUGGUGAAACAGGAGGAGCCUGAUGUGGUUCAAAGGUUAGAUCCUCAGCCUCUUGAAGGCCCGCCUCUCAUAUUAAGCCCUGCCCCCCCACACAGAGGAUCGCCAUGGAAACACACGGAGCGCAGUCAAGACAGUGUGAAGCCAGUGGCCAUAAAAGAUGAACCCAGAGAGAUUGGACAGUACCUCGGCCUGCCCAGCGACGAUGCUCUCCAGCUGCCGCCCACCCCUCCCAGUAGUAACCACGGCGACAGUGACGGCUCCCUCCCUCCCUCCUCCCCGCACCUCCCUCUGCUUCCGUCUUCCCCUCAAACACAACAGAGGCCAGGAGGCCGGGCCUCCUCCUCUUCCUCCUCCUCCUCUUCCUCAGCCAUCUCUUCUUCACCUCUCCUCACUGCCCCACAUAAGCUCCAGGGUUCAGGACCCCUCUUGCUGACAGAAGAAGAGAAGAGGACCCUGGUUGCAGAGGGUUACCCGGUACCUAACAAACUUCCUCUCACUAAGAGUGAAGAAAAGGCACUGAAGAGAGUCCGACGGAAGAUUAAAAAUAAGAUCUCGGCUCAGGAGAGUCGGAGGAAGAAGAAGGAAUAUGUGGAAUGUCUGGAGAAAAAGGUGGAGGGCUACACGUCAGAAAACAGCGACCUGUGGAGAAAAGUAGAAAACCUGGAGACCGCCAACAGGUCUCUCCUACAGCAGCUCCAGAAGCUUCAGUCACUGGUUUCAGGGAAAGUUGUCCCCCGCUCUUGUAAAAUGGCCUCAACUCAAACAGGGACAUGCCUCAUGAUGAUGGCCGUGUGUUUUGUCCUGGUGUUGGGCUCCUUCUCUCCCUGCCUCUCCCCCCUCUCCUUCCUCGCUGACAACCCAUCUUUGUCCUCAUCCUCCUCUUCCUCUAAUCCCUCCUCCUCUCCACCUCUUCCGUCAGCGGACCUCUACGCCACCAGUCAGGUCCGUUCGCGCAGCCUGCUCUUCUACAACGAAGGGGCUCCACUGGAGGAGAGUUUAGCGUCAUCAGAAGGGGAGAGGCUACAGUCAGAAGGCCAGUCCCACAUCCAGACCAGCCGAUACACAGCUGACGCACACGGCAACCGGACAACUCGGCCCAAGUUAGACCAGAGAGAAACAAAACCAGACGGAGCCUCUGAGUUUUUCUGACACCGCUUGACCCCUAAAAAGCCCAUAACCUCCAGAUUCCUGAACUCAGCGGGCUUCAUAUCAUCAUCCAACUAGACCACAAUCUACAGUCAGUCAGUUGACCAACAUCCCUUUUGUCUACAUGGCACUUCACUUCUCUGCUUAAACAGACUCUGCUAUACCUGAAUAUACUUGAUUUUAAAGGGACCAUCUUAUUUGAAUUUCCAUUUUUAUUCAAAUUAAGUAUAAUUUUAAAUAUCCAACUAAUCUAUUCAUGUUUAAUUUAAACAAUCAUGAAUAAUAUUUUGUAGUUCACAAUAAAAACAUAAGGCCUUAAUUAAAGAACCACUAGACUGUAUAUGGGAACUUCCAGAACACAAACUAGUCAGACCAUUGCCAAGAAGAGAGGCAGAUAUGAGCCAGUUAAGUUGUGAUGAUGGGAACAGACCUAAAACGGUUUAUUAGCAGCCUUUGGCUUCCAGGAUCGUCCUGUCACAAUAAAUGUUGCAUUGCCAAUUAGAGAGAAAGCAAGAGCAAGGAAAGAGCUUUAUGGAAAAUGUGGUUUUAAUGUUGAGAGAAAAACUGAAUGAUACAGUUUGCACCUUUUCACACCUUGUGAACAUAAAUACACAUAUAUAUGUAAACGUGGCAGACCUUUACCGUGGGAUUGUAGUUCAUGUUAGCACAGUGCUCGCGUUUUACCUCCUAGGCAGGGCUUUCAUUUUAACCAAUCACCAUCAUCAUAUGUUGAUAAAGGGCUGCAACUAACAAUUAUUUUGAUUAUAGAUUAAACUUUCUGUAAUGUUUUUGAUUAAUCAAUUAAUUGCUUAGUCCACAAAAUGUCAGGAAAAAAAAAAAAGCCUGUCCUAGUUUCAAAGAGUAUAAGAUGACAUCUUCAAAUGUCUUGUUUUGUCCAAAAUCCAAAGAUAUUUAGUUUACAAUUGCUUGGUAACUGACUUAAUUCAUUAAUCAGUUAUCAGAAUAGUUGAUUAAUUUUCUGUCAAUCAACUGAUCAUUUCAGCUCUGUGUUACAGUACAUAAUUAGUGAAUACAACACUCGUUGCUACUAACAUGUUAGAAAACUAGACACUCUAGUGUGAAAAUAAACACAUCCUUUUUAAGAUAAAGCUGUGCUGUUUUAAAAGUGCCUUCCACUCACUUCAGUCAAAUAUUACCAACUUGGCCUUACACCUAAAGGCCACACAUGCAACUAUGAAGCUGGAAACAUUCACUCUAAAAAAUCAGGCUGUUUCAGGCUUUUUGAGGCCCUGAGUGAGACAUUUCUUUUAACUGACCAUGAACUGGGUGAACGCUCAGGAGGUCUUUCAUUUCACAUUGCUGUGGAAGUAGUUUGGAGGAAAAGCAGUAAGAGCGUAGCGGCUUUACCUUUUGCCACGAGCUGCCUCAGUUUGAACUACUCCCACAACAGUUGUGUAAUGUGUGAAAUUAACAGUUACACACAACAUGUUUGAUUAUUCCAUUUUUGAAGUUAAAAUGACUGAAAUUCUUUAUCACUUUGGGGGGAAACCAUAUUUUCACAUCAAGGGACUGUUAAAUGGGUCCUGACAGAGGUUGAGAAAUAUGACAUAAAAGUAUUUUUAUGGAAUUAAAAACUGUAUAUGUAAUAUAUUUGCAGCAUAAAAAAAUUUGCAUAUUGAAUUUAUGCAACAAAAAAAUAAAUACUGAACGUUUAAGAUUAGUUUAUCUUAUCGUCUUGUUUUUCUAAAUAACGUUUACAAAAAUAACACAAAAACACAACUUAUAAUAUAUUCUGAGCAUCAAAAAAAGAGCAUAUUUAUUUUAUGCACAAAAAAAAGGGAAUCGUAUGUUAUGUGUUUCGGCAUUUAGGAUGAUGCGAAGUUUUACAUUAUGGCGUGUAGUUCACAAGCCGUUUCAUGGAGUGUGAAACUUUGACAUGAUCUGUUUGUGUCUUUAACUGUAAUACAGUGUUUUAUGUUUCACUGCUGUCGCGUGAAAACCGCAGGCCUUUUCUGUUCAGGAAUUAAAACUGCCAUUUGCUUUGUACAAUUGAACCUUAAAAAAAAUUUUUACCCUUCAAAAAACAAAAUACAGUUAAUCACCAACCACAGUAAAAUUUAAAAAUAAUUUCUGUCAUAAACUCAUCCUGUGAGCUCAUACCUAGCAGCGGAGGAAAUAUCGAUAACUCAUGCGACAGCAGUGUAUGUUGUAUUUAUUCCUGUUUUGUAGAAAGUGUGUAUAUAUUCGUGAAGCCAAUCAGGGACUAAUACAUUCCAGGAAGUACUAGCUUUGUUAUCGCCACAAUUUGAAGGAACAUCAGGACAUUUACAAAAAGUCUUCAUUCCUUUACCACUAUUCUGACAAUGUGAGAAAACCCCCACAAUGUUGCGCCUGAAAAUGACAAUUUUAAACGUCACGGUAUUCCUUCAAAUUAAAAGCUAUGAAACAGACAUUUAACUGUCCCAGUCAAAAUCCUUGAUGAAGUAAUUACUUAUAAAAACACUCAAAUCCUAUUUUCAUCUCCAAAACAUUACAAUUAACACAGAUGUUCUGUUCUUCUUAUUUCUCUGUUUUAUUUUGUGUCCCUCAUGAAUACACAAACUGCAGCCCAUUGCACAAACCCUGUCAUUCUCACCCGUAACAGUCUUAAUGCACCCGUGUACAUAAACAAUGACAACUUAAUGUGCAGUUGUUGUAAAUAAGGGCCUCGUUUUUGUAUUGUGACAUAGUCCAAGAUUUUAACCUGUGGAAUCAUGUGGGAAAGUGAAAAAAUAUAUAUAUGAGAAAAUCAGUGGAUAUUUGGGGAAGGAAGAUGUAAAGUGGGGAGGGAUUUAAAAAAAAUUUAAAUAAAGGAGGGUGACUUUUUCCACUUGUAAAGAAACCUGGAUAACACUGCAGCUGCACACAGUUUGAAUAGUUGUAAAACACCAAGGGCUUCAUUAUUAUGAAUGUUUGAGAGAGAAUAAUCAAGCACUUUCCAGGGAGUUCAGUUAUUUGAAAUGUGUUUGGGUGUAAUGUUGUCUUGGCUUGUUGUAUAGCGUCUUGCAUGUUCCUCCAUAUACAACUAUGUUAUCUUAGUGUAGUCAGUAGAGUAGAAACAAGCAAAAUAUUAAAAAACUGCAUCAGCAA